CCAGACUUCAAAGAAGGGUAAUUAGACCUAAUGGUGUCACUGUCAUAGUACCAUAGAUGUAGAAGGGACCUUAGAAGUCGUCUAGUGGAGACCUCCUAACCCAACCCUCUCAUUUUACAGAUGAGGAAACCAACCCAGAAAAGUUCCUCCCUAAGUCACAUAGAUAGUAAGUGGCCAAGCUAAGAUUUGAAACCAGGUUCUCUGUUUCCAAGUGUGGGAAUCUUUACGAUGUACAAUGCUUCUUAUUGCAUCUUUUUUUAGAAUAUAGAAUUAGUUGAAAAAUACUUUAGUGUUUUGAUGACUCUGUUGUCUCAUCAGUGUGGAUGCCCCUUCCAAAGGUGUAGAUUGUACAUCCAGGCUUUCUUCGUGUCAAGUAAAUCUUCCCUGGGAGAUUGCCCAAUAUCUUUUGUAGCCUUUUUCUAGAUCUCUUGACAAUGUUGUACCUAUAUACAAAUUGAACAAGUGAAAGAAACAUACGCUGUUAUACUAAGUCGGCCAUCUUGGUUAUGGGGUGCCGAAAUGGGAGCCAAUGAACAUGGAGUUUGCAUUGGUAAUGAAGCUGUAUGGGGAAGAGAAGCAGUAUGCGAUGAAGAGGCAUUACUUGGCAUGGACCUUGUCAGGCUUGGACUUGAAAGAGCUGAUACAGCUGAAAAAGCAGUCACUGUCAUCGUUGAUUUACUAGAAAAAUAUGGACAGGGUGGAAAUUGUUCAGAGAGUAUGGUAUUUAGCUAUCACAAUAGUUUUCUGAUAGCUGAUCGGCAUGAAGCAUGGAUUCUCGAGACCAUAGGACAAUAUUGGGCAGCAGAAAAAGUAGAAGAGGGAGUUCGUAAUAUUUCCAAUCAACUUUCUAUAACAACCAAGAUUGACCGAGAGCAUCCAAAAAUGAGAGAACAUGCUAAGGAUAAAGGUUGGUGGGAUGGUCAAAAGGAAUUUAAUUUUGCUGCUGUGUAUGCCCCUCUUAAUUCCUGGAUCACCGCUUCAUCAGGCAGAUACUAUGAGGGUUGCCAGCUUCUGAACAAACACAAAGGAAAUAUGACCUUUGAAACAAUGAUGGAAAUUCUCCGAGAUAAAGAAAGUGGCAUUAAUAUGGAGGGAGAGUUUCAGACUACUGGCAGCAUGGUUUCUGUUUUGCCUUCAGAUCCCAGCCUUCCAUGCAUUCAUUUCUUUACAGGAACCCCUAAUCCUGAAAGAUCUGUUUUUAAGCCAUUCAUAUUUGUACCAAAUAUAGCUCAGUUACUAGAAACUAACUCACCAACAUUUGGACAUGAAGAUCCAGUUAAAAAGAAGCCACGUUUUCAGAGUAAACCUGACAGAAGACAUGCUCUUUACCUCAAACAUGAACAGGCAAUUGAAAUAAUAGAUUCUAAUGAGGAAAGAGGCAGAAAAAUGCUGGAAAAGAUGAAGACACUGGAGAAAGAAAUGCUCAAAGAGAUGGAAUCAGUCCUUCAGAAUAAGGAUCUUGAUGUGAACAGAGCUGUUAAACUUUUUUCUCAAUGUGUGAAAAAUGAAAUGAAAAUUUAUGAGUCAAAAGUUGGCUCUUAGUGAACAUACCACGUUCAGAGGUCUUCUUCAAAGGCAGUCCUAAGCUUAUUAAAUCUGGUUUCAGGGGAAAGUGAGGUAGGGGAUGAGUGCUCAAUUUCUACCUGUCUCUCCUGUGAGGAUGCACCUGAAUUAGUGCCUGGAGGAC